AGCUUCUUCUUUGACUUUACUCUUUCAUUUCUCAAUUUGACUGGAAAUGCAGUGUCAUAUAUUGCCGAUCCUGGCAGACAAUGACCUCUCGCCAUGCUUUCGUCAAAUUGUGAUUGAUGCAGCAAUUCCAGGUGCAGUUGCAUUGGUUUCGGCCAUUUUGUUAUCUGUGACUGUGGUGAGGCACUAUCGGAAGCACAAUGCUGCUUACGAGCCAUUGAUAAAAUCAGCCACAACUACGUCCUACGGCGCUAUGGAUUCGUCUAGUCAAACCAGCAACGACAUUGAUGAAGAUGACGAAGACGGAGAAUCUGAGGAUACCUUGGUAUCCAAUCUGGAGAAUCAGAAAUCCUUUACUGUGUUCGAUGCCGCUCGAUUUUUGGCAAUGUUUAUGGCUGGUUUGAGCAUAUACAAUUUGGUAUUGGUGAUCAAUGGUCGUUAUCAAGUGGAUGAGCGUGUAGAGAGCGAUAAAUUGGCUCUCCUUGUGCAAUACGGCGUAUCUACUAUGGUUUGGACUUACUCCACCGUGUUGGCUAUUGUGAAUGUGGCUAUCUCCCGCAAAAACGCAGUAACUGCCUAUGGUCUUCGUACUCAUCUUAAUCUCAUCUACUUUGUUACCAUGUUGACCAGCGUGGUGGAUAUCCGGUCAUUCUAUGUUCUGCAUUAUACCGACAUCCAAGGCCCUGGCUAUUUUUAUGCUCUUGACACUUUUUUUGUCACUUUUGCUUUAAUUUUGGUCAUUAUUAAUGAGCGGUUCGGUGCUCCCUCUGGCCCCAUCGUCGCCAAAUCGGGAAGAGUUCUUUCAACCGAAACAUGGGCAUCUCUUUACAGUCAAUUUAUGUUUAGCUGGCUCAACCCAAUGAUGACAGAAGGAUACAAGAAGACAUUGAACGACUCAGAUCUCUUGGAACUUCCUCCUCAAAACCGUACCAGUAAUGUUUUACGUCAUUACAGAAAGAACAAGAAGAAGCACAUUGUACUCUCACUUCUUUAUGCAUUCCGAUACGAGCUAUCCAUUCAGGCCCUCUAUGUCCUUGGAUGGUCCGUCAUUAUUUUCGGUCCUCCCUAUUUUCUGAAUCAAAUUAUCAAGUAUAUCGAAAAUCCUGCCGCCGAAGGAACGAAUGCGUCGUUGACCCCUUUCUUCUUUGUAUUGGGUCUUUUCAUCACGUCUGUUACACAGUCCUUAUUGCUUCAACAAGCUCUGUAUAUCGGAAGAACAUUGGGUAUUCGCAUUCAAUCUAUCGUCAUUGGUGAAGUAUAUGCCAAGGCUUUGAAAAGACGUGAUACAUCUGGAGCAUCUGAAUCCAGCAGUGAUGACGAUAAGAAGGAUGGCAAGGAUGAUGACAAGAAGGAUGAAAACGAUGGAAACAAACAAACCAACGUCAACAACCUUCUAUCAGUUGAUGCUCAAAAGGCUGCCGAACUUGCUGCAUACGUCUUCUACUUGUACAGUCAUCCCUUGCAGAUCGUCAUUUGCAUGUGGGGUUUGUACAAACUUCUUGGUGUCUCUGCCUUCGUCGGUGUCAUUGUUAUGGUUGUCACCUUUCCUGCUCCUCAUUAUGUCACUAAGAAGUUCGAAUCAAGCCACAAAAAGGUUAUGGAUGCUACCGAUCGUCGUCUCAAAGUCAUGAACGAAUUGCUCGGUGCUAUCCGUAUCGUCAAGUUCUUUGCCUGGGAAACAGAGUUCAAGAAGAGAGUUGAGGACUCGAGAACCAACGAACUCAAGUUCAUUAGAAAGCGUUUGCUCACUUACAUGUGGAGCGGAAACGUUUGGUUCAUCAUCCCCGUCAUCAUUAUGGUCAGCGUCUUCUAUGCCUAUACUCGCGAUCAUAUCCUAACUGCUUCCACCGCCUUCACCACGGUUGCCCUUUUCCAAAAUUUGCGUGGUGUACUCGAUGAACUGCCAUUUAUUAUCUCGUUUGCAUUCCAAGCCAAGGUUUCUAUGGAGAGAGUGGAUAAGUUCUUGUCAGAGGACGAAGUCGAAGAAAACCACGUCAUCCGUACCAAGGGACCUUUGUUCGUUGGAUUCCGUGACGAUGCUACUUUCCAAUGGUACAACAAGCCUGCUUCUUCUUCGUCUGGUAGUGAAACCCCAGAACGCCAAACCAAAUUCACACUCAAGAACUUGAACCUUUCGUUCCCAGCUAACAAGCUUUCUGUUGUCUGUGGCCCAACUGGAUCUGGUAAAACAACUCUGCUUGCAUCUUUGCUUGGCGAAACUGCUUGCAUCCAGGGUGCUGCUGUUCUUCCUCGUAACAAGCGCAAACCUACCAGCCCACUUGGUGGAGCUGAAUCUGGCAUUGCUUAUGUCGCUCAGACUGCAUGGUUGCAAAACGCUAGUAUCAAGGAUAACAUUCUUUUUGGACUGCCAUUCGAUCAAGACCGCUAUGAUCAGGUGCUGUACAUGUGCGCUUUGACCAGAGAUCUGGAAAUUCUGGAACACGGUGAUGCUACUGAAGUUGGUGAAAAGGGUAUUACCCUCAGUGGAGGACAAAAGCAAAGAUUGGCAAUUGCACGUGCAGUAUAUUCUCAAGCUGAUAUUAUCAUUUUGGAUGAUUGUUUGAGUGCCGUUGAUGCCCAUACCGCCAAGCAUCUCUACGACAAUUGUAUUAUGGGUGAAUUUAUGUCUACCCGUACUCGAAUCCUGGUUACUCAUCACGUUGGACUUUGCCUCAAAGGUGCCGACUAUAUCGUUGCUAUGCGCAAUGGUGAAGUUGCCGGCUCAGGUCAUCCCACUGAUGUUAUCAAGACUGGUGUUUUAGGUGAAGAACUCUCCCAAAUUCAAGAAGAACAGGCUGAAAUUGCUGAAGGUACUGCCGUUGAAGGCAAGGUUCCUUUGCUUCCCAAGACAGUUACGAAAAAGGACCACAAGGCAGGCGAUGGAAAACUCACUCAAGAUGAAGUCCGCGCCGAAGGUGGUGUUUCUCUAAAGGUUUGGAAGACGUACUAUGAUGCUUCAGGAGGUCUUUUCUUCUGGCUCAGUGUUAGUUUUAUGUUCUGUUUCUGCCAAUUUUUGAUUAUCGGUCAAGAUUACUGGAUCAAGGUUUGGGCAAGUGCCUACGAUCGAGUUGACAACGCCGUCACCGACUUUGCUUUCCUUACUACUGGAGGAGCUUACCGAGAUUUCAUCAGCAUGGAAAUGAAUACUCCAGACUACUUUAACCAAAUGGUUCAAAGUGUCAAUAACUACACAAUCAGCAACCCUUCCAAAGUUGAUGUCAACUACUAUCUUGGUGUCUAUUUCUUGAUUGGAUUGGUCACCAUGGUCUUUGCAUCGUUGCGCUCCUACGUUCUCUACAUGGGCUCACUCAAGGCAUCCAAGCGGAUUCAUUCCCAAUUGAUCAAUAGCAUUUUGCGAGCCAAGGUUCGCUUCUUCGAUGUUACUCCAAUUGGUCGCAUUAUCAACCGAUUCUCAUCGGAUAUGGAAACCAUUGAUCAAAAUGUCGCUCCUGCUGGUUCCUUCUUGCUUACAUCCAUUGUGGCUACCAUGUUUAUUGUCCUACUCAUCUCGAUCAUCACUCCAUUGUUCUUGAUUCCUGGAUGCGUCAUCGCUGCUAUCUUUUGGUUCGUCGGUACCUUCUAUCUUGAGUCCUCUCGUGACAUGAAGAGAUUGAACUCUGUCUCAAGAUCUCCCAUCUACGUCCAAUUCAGUGAAAGUGUCAAUGGUGUCUCCACAAUCCGUGCUUUCGGUGCACAGAACCGUUUCGUCAACGUCAACAUGGAAAAGGUUGACGACAACAACCGACCUUUCCUUUGGAUGUGGGCUACUAACCGCUGGUUGCAUUGCCGUGUUGAUCUUCUUGGCUCCUUUGUUGGAUUCUGUACUGGUUUUGUCAUCAUUUUGGCUUCUUCGUGGAUUGACCCCGGUAUGGCUGGUCUUUCUCUCAGUUACGCUUUGACCUUCACCCACAAUGUACUUUGGGUUGUUCGUAUGUACGCUGUCAACGAGAUGAACUUGAACGCCGUUGAACGUGUUCAGGAAUAUCUUGAGAUUGAUGAGGAACCUGCUGCUAUCAUUGAAGAACGACGCCCUCGUCCAACAUGGCCCGAAACUGGUUCCAUCGAAGUAGAAAAUCUCGUUAUGCAAUAUGCUCCUGAGAAUCCUCCUGUUUUGCGCGACCUUUCCUUCCAAGUUAAGCCUCGUGAAAAAAUUGGUAUUGUUGGCAGAACUGGCUCCGGUAAAUCGACCUUUGCUCUGUCCCUGUUCCGAUUUAUGGAACCCACAAGUGGUUCUAUCAAAAUUGACGGUGUUGAUAUCUCUACCAUUGGAUUGCAAGAUUUGAGAUCGCGAUUGACCAUUAUUCCUCAAGACCCAGUCUUGUUCACUGGUACCCUUCGAAGUAAUCUCGAUCCCUUUGGCACCUCUACGGAUGAGGAGCUCUGGGCGGCCAUCAAGCGCUCUCACUUGGUGGACGAAGGCGAGGAACAAAACGACACCAUUAGCUUGGAUUCCCCUGUUUCGGAAAAUGGAAACAAUUGGUCUCAGGGUCAAAGACAACUCAUUGCGUUGGCCCGUGCCCUCGUUAAAAAGACGAGUUUGAUUGUUCUCGAUGAAGCCACCUCCUCUGUCGAUUUCGACACUGAUCACAAGAUUCAGCAAACCAUUCGCUCCGAAUUUGAAGAAAGUGCAUUGCUUUGCAUUGCCCAUCGUAUCAGAACAGUCGCUGAUUACGACCGUAUUCUUGUUUUGGAUCAUGGGAAAUUGCUAGAAUUUGAUCACCCAUACACUCUUAUGACCAAGCAAGAUGGUUUCUUCAUGCAAAUGUGUCAGCGUAGCGGUGAAUACAACGACCUCUUGAGCAUCGCAAAAGCCAAAUGGGACGCAGAUCACUAAGCGACACCUUUCAACAACAAUGUUUCUU